AAGGCGUGUACUCUCGCUAGAUUCUCGGGUUCCCAUUGGAAACGAAGGGAUGCUGCGUUAUCCCGACGAAUAGGAGGGAGUUCGAAGGUGGAAAGAGGGAGUACAGGGAGAGGCGUGGUUCGAUAAGGAAAGGGGGGAGUUAGAGGUUGAAGAGAGAGAGGUAGAGAGAGAGAGAGAGAGAGAGAGAGAGAGAGAGUGAGAGAGAGGGAGAGAGGAAGCGAGAGAGAGAAAGAGAGAGAGAGAGAGGGAGAGAGGAAGGGAGAGUCUGAAUUGAGCAUUUUCGACGACCGAUAGUACAGAUUCUGGUCCAGCUAACUUUGCUCAACUAUCUUCAAGUAGUCUUCAUCGAGUUCGUUCUACGAAAGGUUUCUCUUUUAUUUGAGUUUAGUGUAUUGUGUCUUUAAGAUAACAAAGUGCUUGUUUUUCAAACAACGUAUUGAAAGAUUUUAGUGAAAGUGUUGUUCUAAUCGAACUAUAAGUUAGCUCAAUUUCGUUCAUUCACACAGAUAAGACGAAAGAAAAAACGAGGAGAGAGGAAAACGUCGCACGUUUUUCGUCGCUCUGAAUUAUACAGUUUUGAGAUCUUCGAAGACCAAACGAAUCUCAAUCGAAUCUCGCAAAGGACCUUUCUUCCAAACGAAUCUGGCAGUGAGAAAUUUAAGAUACCCUCGAGACUUCCUUUGCUCUUCUUUCUCCUCUACGAUCGACUCUUCGCUUUUCCACACAUUUAUUCACCCCACAACGAUUUUUCGGCAAAUAUUUGACGAACUCGUUCAGCCUGAGGUCUUCGCUAACAUUCCAACAUUCUAUAUUCGAAUCCUUUCUUAGUUCUCUUUUGAUGAGAUUAGUAGAUCAGUUAUUUAAUUACUGACCUACUAAUUUCAUCGGAAAAUUCUUACUGAAAAUUCUAACAUUAAUUAGUGAUCAACAUAACAGAUAAUUUCCAUAGAUUUUUCUAAAAGUUAAGAUUUAAAGAAAGUUUGAAAAAAUGAAAAAUCUGGAGAAAACUUUCUCGAUGUUCAGAUUUCAAUCGAUGAUGGAAAGAGGUGCGUUGCUACCAAUCACCGACAGUUGCAAGCAAAAUAUUCAAGUACACAGAAGAGAAAAUUCUAUGGCGAACGGUGGACAUGGUGUCGUUGUCAAUGGUGUGGGCGGUGGUGCUCCAGGUUCGGGAACCCUUUCACGGGAAGAAAGGCGCCGGCGUCGAAGAGCUACGCAGAAAUAUCGAACGGCACACGCGACGAGUACAUACAUUAGCGCUAAAAAGUUUGAACGUACUCAAGACAUUUUUCUUCAAGAAUUGGGUUCAAUCCCAUAUUUCUUCUUCAGUUCUAUAUGCAAAGUGGUCUUUAUUAAUUACACUUGCGACGAGACAACUCAAAAGAUGGAGAAAAUCAAUGAAAUUAUUUACACUUUUUAUGCUGAAAAUACAGAUUACAUAAUACAAGAAGAGUUGAAAAUGUUUACUUUGCAAAUGGCACAUUGUCAAUCAACGUAUUCCACUUUUGGUUUAUAUUCAUUCAAUCGAAAGUACAUAUACUCGUGCCUUGGAGUGAUGAUGACAUAUUUAACUAUUAUGAUACAAAUGUCUUAGCUGGUGUUAAAAAAGUGAAUAACAAAUUUAAACAUCAUAUAAAGGUUGGUCGCGUUGAUAAGAAAAGGCUAGUCGUAUUAUCGAUUUUCACAGAGGCAUACUCAAAACACAGUCCAUAUCUACUAAAGUGAUUAAUUUUUCAUUAAUCUUUAUACUUUGA